AUGGCAAAUCAGCGCAACUCGGCGUCACCAUCCCCGCCCCCGCAACCACCUGUCGCAGCUGCGCCGGGUCCACGAGCAGCGGCUCUCCAGAAGGUGUUUGCAGGGGCACUAUCAUCAUCGCUGAAAGCAGACUCUUAUGCGAACUUCUCGUCAUGUUUUCCUACCCCAGCCAAAUACUGCCCGACCGCCCUUGAAGGUGUAUGGAAGCAGCUGAAUACGCGAUUGGAGGAAGAAUGCAUGCGCGACUUUGAAAAGAUUCUAGAGGAGCGUUCGGUCGUGGAGGGCUUGAACCAAUGGGACACACUGAUUGACGAUGCGCGACGGCGAAAGAACCGUGCCGUUGAGGGUGAGCAGCCCAGCAGACCACUACACACUCUUUCCGCAGACGAGCUCUAUCGCGCACAUACGACGCCCUUCCUACAGCAGACAGCCACCGAACUCGAGUCCAAGCUCCAGGCUACACAACAAAACAACGUACAAAUGAUGGAAAACAUUGCUGCACAACGCGUCGAGAUGGAGCAGCUGAUUAGCGGCCUCGAAUCUGUGGUCAGAGACAUCGAGGGUAGUGUCGAGGCAAUGAGUGGCGCCGAAGAGUCGAGCACGGAAGGGCUGAAGAAGGAUGUUUGGGAGCUGGAACAAGAAGUGGCAGCAACGAGGUGA